AUGGACAUGAUUACUGGUAGCACGAUGGGCUACUACUUCGGAUUCGUUGAUGGUUUUCGUUUUGCGAUCGCAUUCCCUCUGGGAAUCAUCCUGCUCCUCACCCUACUCUCACACCUUCUUUAUUUUUUCUGCACCCGCCUUUACCCGCAUGCAUCUCAUCGUCUUAGUCGACAAACCGGCCGUUCCCUACAAAAUCUUGACCAGCAAGGCGCAGACUUCGUCACCAUUGAAGUUGGCCUUGAUGAAGCCAUUCUCCACAACUUCCCAAAGCUCCUCUACUCCCAAUACAAACUCCAAAAUAGCAGCUGGGGCGCUUCUUCUUCUUGUUCCAUAUGCUUGGACGAUUACAAAGAAAGUGACGUGCUGCAGUUGCUGCCUGAUUGUGGCCAUCUCUUCCAUCCAAAUUGCAUCCAUCCAUGGUUAAGGAUGCAUCCCAAUUGUCCACUAUGCCGGAAUACGCUCGUCCCAGUUUCAAACACAACUCUUUCUAGAUCUGAUUGA